GUGAAACGCCGACGACGUUUCUCUUUUUCGGGCCAACUCAUCGGUCUUUUUGACACAGAAUAUGUUUAUUUUCUGUUCUAAAUGUUGUGAAUUCUUAAUUAUUUAGAUCAUUAAAGAGAAUAGAAUAGAUUUUUUAACAUGGAGGUGUACUAUCUCGCGUUUUUGUUGAGUGUCUUCUGGCAUGGGACCGAUGCUAUCAUGUGGAGUCUCGCUCCCAACACACAGAAGUGUUUGAAGGAAGAACUUCGAGCCAACGUGCUCGUGGCGGGAGACUAUGAGGUCACAGAAGCCGCCGGCCAGAGGAUCGACUACAUUGUACGUGAUUCCAAAAGUCAUAUCCUAGCACAGAAGGAGUCUAUCACUAAGGGAAAAUUCACAUUUGUCACAGAAACUUAUGACACAUUUGAGGUGUGCUUCAUUUCCAAGGUGCCUCCAGAGCGUCGUGGCGUGAGCCAAGAUGUAACGCUGGACAUCAAAAUCGGAAUUGAAGCCAAGAAUUAUGAAGGCAUUGGCGAAGCAGCUAAGUUGAAGCCAAUGGAGCUCGAACUGAAGAGAUUAGAGGAUUUAUCUGAAGCCAUCGUACAGGACUUCACGCUUAUGAGGAAGAGGGAAGAGGAGAUGAGAGAUACCAAUGAGUCAACAAACAACAGAGUGCUAUUCUUCAGCGUAUUCUCGAUGGUGUGCCUGCUCGGUCUAGCAACUUGGCAAGUUCUGUAUUUACGCCGAUACUUCAAGGCUAAAAAGCUCAUUGAAUAGUCUCUAAAUAAUUUAAUCGCAGGUGUGGUCGCAGGGGUAGGCCGACCGGCUGGAAUUCUUUGCGUGUACUGUGGUUGUUGUUUUAAAAAAUAAACCGCACAAACUUUUUUCUGUUAUGUGAAAGUAAAGUGCUCUAAGUCAUACAGCCAGGUCUGUGGUUGAUAUGAUAAUUCAGUAACGAACAAUAAUUGUGAUUUCACUUUAUCCCAUUAGCAGUAUUAGUGACCUUUCCAUCUUCUAAGGAUUUCUGACUCGUGACAAAAAUCGACCCCGCCUGCGACUUCACCUGUGUUUAUAGAUCUUUUUAGUACUCAUAGGUACUUUAUAAUAAAAUAAUAAAUUUUUCAAUACUUCACAGAUUUCUUAUUUAAUGAUUUUGUUUGUAAAUGUUUGAGUUCAGCGUCUGAUUAAGGAAGGAUGUUAUAAUAUAAUAUAUAAAAUAUA